UUGUUUAUCUGUUUUUAUUAUAGAAUAUGGUGGCCUAUGUUUGUAUUGUUCUUUUAUGCUUUAGCCCCAGUACCCACUAUUAUAGCCAAACGGUUUAGUGAAGACUUUUCUUCCAAUGGUUCAAAUGUCAUGAAAGAGACUGCAAUGUUUUUCACUGCUGGAAUUGUGAUCUCAGCAUUUGGUCUUCCAUUGGUUCUUGCACAUACUGAAAUUAUAAAAUGGGGAGCCUUUGCCUUGGUGUCUUCUGGAAACGUCUUCAUCUUCUUUACUAUACUGGCAUAUUUUCUUGUUUUCUCUGGUGAAGAUGACUGGGGAUUUUGAAGAGAAAAGCUACAGUCUGCAACUUCCAUUUCUUCCAGAGGAUAAUAGUAAUUCUAAUUCUAAUUGUUUUGUACAGUCUUUCUUCUAAAUAAGUUUACUGAAAUAUGCAACUUUUUAUAAAUUAUUAAUUCCUGGUGUUUUUGAAGGUAUACACUCUACAAGAGUGUGAUUAUAAUUGUGCAUUAUACAUCUAAUGUUUUCUGUUCAAUGGCAAACAUGCAGAGACCAAAGAAAACAUGGAACAAUUUAAUAGUGGACUGAAUUACAGUAGAAUAAGAAUAACUGAGGAUGCAUUAUUAACAACAUAGCUGCUAACCUUAGCAUAGUUUAACUGUAUAACCUGCAUAGCAGGC